AUGUUUUUCAAUAUCCUCGUCGUGGGUGCUCUGUUGUCAUCAGUGUCGGCGGUUCCCGCUCCAGCCCCCCAAGCAGGCACACCAGCAACUACCAUACAAGGCUACAAGUUUUCGGUAACAGAAUUUAAAGUAGGAUGUUUCAGGGAAAGUAAACUCAGUUGUACGUAUGGUUAGAAGCCUUCCAAGAAAUCUUUGUUUUCAAACUAAUAUCGUUCGUAGGAUAUGAUAUUCAGGGCGAAGCAUUUGGUUCUGCUCCAGAUAGAGUUCCACCCUUCGCCGCCCAUUGCGAGAGCGACACUGGAGAAGGUGGUGCCUACGUUGACUGUGGCUUCAAGGAUUCAGGAAUUGCAAGCAGAAAGGUUGUUGCGAAAUUGUCGCCCACAGACCAGUGUAAACUUGAUACUGUUGGUCUCCAAGUUAGCUACCGGUUCAAUUCGCAGGAUGAGACGUAAGUACAUUGAUUGCAGUUAUGUUGUAACCGAAGAAGGGACUAACGAAAUACAGAAACACAGCUUGGAAUCUUACGGGUAGCACGCGGGCUGCUUUCAACAUAGAUGCACGAAGUUUCACGAUUGAUGCUACUUCGAGUGAGAAGCUGAAGAUAUAA